GCGGGCGUCGGGAGCGGCCCCGUGCGCGCUCCCGCUCCCGCCAUGGCCGCGGCCGCGCUCCCGGUGCUGCUCCCGGUGCUGCUGGGAGCGAGCGGAGCCUUGAACCUGGAGGCGGCGGCACCGGAGGAGCUGCGGGGGCAGCGCGGGGACAUGUUCGGGUUCGCGCUCGAGUUCUACAGACCCGGGGGGGGCAGUGUGAGCAUCCUGGUGGGAGCCCCCAAGGCCAACACGAGUCAGCCCAACGUGACCCAGGGGGGGGCCGUUUACCACUGCCCGUGGCCCCCCCGCACCGGCUGCACCCCCAUUGACUUCGACCACAUCGGGACCCGCACCCAUGACCUGGGGGGUAACGGCAGCUCCGGACCCCUGGAGUUCAAAUCCCUGCAGUGGUUUGGGGCCACCGUGAGGGCUCACAACGGAUCCAUCCUGGCCUGUGCCCCCCUGUACAGCUGGAGCCCCCCCAAGGAGGAGGGGGGGGGCCGGGAGCCUGUGGGCUCCUGCUUCCUGUCCAUCGGCAACUUCUCCAAGUUCGUGGAGUACGCGCCCUGCCGCUCAGACCUGAACUCAGCGGCCGGGCAGGGCUAUUGCCAGGGGGGCUUCAGCGCUGAGUUCACCCAGACAGGACGGGUGCUGCUGGGGGGGCCUGGAAGCUUCUUCUGGCAAGGUCAGGUGAUCUCGGCCACCCAGGAGCAGAUCUCAGGCUCCUCCUACCCCGGGUACCUCAUCCAGGAGGUUCUGGGGCAGCUGCAGACCCGGCAGGCGGCUCCUACCCACGAUGACAGCUACAUGGGUUACUCAGUGGCAGUCGGUGAGUUCAGUGGGGACACGAUCCAAGACUUCGUGGCAGGGGUCCCCAAGGGCAACCUCACCUACGGCUACGUCACCAUCCUCAAUGGCACCAACAUGAGGUCCCUGUACAACUUCUCGGGGGAGCAGAUGGCAGCGUACUUCGGCUAUGCUGUGGCGGUCACGGAUGUGAACAAUGAUGGGCGCAGUGACCUGCUGGUGGGGGCGCCGCUGUUCAUGUCCCGCUCGGGCGGGGGGCGCGCGCAGGAGGUGGGGCGCGUGUACGUGUACGUGCAGCGGGGGGGGGGCGCCAUGGCCGCCGCCCCCUCACAGACCCUCACCGGGGAGCACGAGUUCGGCCGCUUCGGAAGCGCCAUUGCUGCCCUGGGGGACCUGGACCUGGACGGGUUCAAUGACGUGGCUGUGGGGGCUCCGCUGGGCGCCGAGGGCCGGCGCGGCCUGGUCCAUGUGUACCGCGGGGGGGAGCGCGGGCUGAGCGCGCGGCCCUGCCAGGUGCUGCGCGGCCGCUGGAGCCCCCCCCCCCAACCGGACUUCUUUGGAGCCGCCCUGCGGGGGGGGCACGACCUGGACGGCAACGGGCACCCGGACCUCCUGGUUGGCGCCUUCGGGGUGGACACGGUCGUGGUGUUCAGGGCCCGCCCCAUUGUCCACGCCAGUGCCAUGCUCAGCAUUGCCCCCACUAUGGUGAACCCUGAGGAGCGUGGCUGCGUCCUGGAGAGCGGUGGUCAUGUGGCCUGCAUCAACAUCAGCUUCUGCCUCAACGCCUCCGGGCUGCACCUCCCUGCCUCCAUUGCGUUCUCCGUGGAGCUCAGCGUGGACACGGCCAAGGGGGGGGGCUCCCGGCGGGCGCUGCUGCUGCGGGGGGGGGUCCCCACACGCAGCCUCCCCCUGCCCGUGCCCAACGGUGGUGGAGCCCGAUGCCAGAGCGUGGCUGCGUUCCUGAGGAACGAGUCGGAAUUCCGGGACAAGCUCUCUCCCAUUGCUGUGGGGCUCAGCUUUGCCCUGGACCCACGGGCACCCCCUGAUGCCCGUGGGCUGCACCCAGUGCUGGCAGCACAGACACACACCCACCUGGAGGCAAAGGCUCACAUCCAGCUGGACUGUGGUGAGGACAAUGUGUGUGUGCCCGACCUGCAGCUGGAGGCCUUUGCAGACCGCCGUGCCGUGUACCUGGGGGACCGGAACAGCCUGAACCUCACAUUCCAUGCCCGGAACCGGCGAGGGGGGGGCCUACGAGGCCGAGCUCCACGUGCGGCCCCCCCCGCACGCCCAGUACGGGGGUGCUGCACCCACAUGGGAACUUCUCUGCCCUCAGCUGUGAGCUGGGGGGGCAACGGCUCCGAUUCCCUCAUCUGUGACCUGGGCAACCCCAUGAAGGCCGGGGCCAGUAUCUGGGGGGGGCUGCGCUUCACCAUCCCCCACCUGAAUGACAGCAGCAAAAGCAUCCGCUUCGAGCUGCAGAUCCGCAGCAAGAACGCCAACAACUCCCAGAGCGCGGUGCUGUGGGUGCCACUGGAGGUGCGGGCGGCCACACGGAUCUCAGCCUUUGGGGUCUCCCGUCCUGACGUUGUCACCAUCCCCGAGGGGGGGUGGCCUCCGGAGCGCCCCCCCCAGCGCCUGCAGGACCUGGGGCCGCCCGUGGAGCACGUCUAUGAGGUGGUCAACGAGGGCCCCAGCGCCAUCAGCCUGGGCUCCCUGGAGCUCCGCUGCCCCCUGCGCUACCGGGGGCUGCCCCUGCUCUACAUCAUCGGGCACUCGGGGCCCCCCAACUGCUCCAGCAGCCACCCCAUGGACAGCCUGGGCCUGGCGGAGCAGGAGCAGGGCUCAGACCCUCACGUGCUGCAGCGCCGGGACACGGGGGGCAAUGGGGACAUGGGCAGGAGGGACCCCCCCGUGCUGCCCCACACCCUGGGCUGCCCCGAGGCCGAGUGCUUCCGGCUGAGCUGCCCCAUGGGGGCGCUGGAGCGGCAGCAACGCGUGAGCCUCAGCCUGCGCAUGCGCCUGCGCGGAGCCCCCCCGCGGCAGCGGGCACAGGCGCUGCGCUGCGAGGCCGAGUACCGGGUGCUGCGGCUGCCGUACCGGAUCCAGCCCCAGAGCUACCCCAGCCAGCGCCUGCAGGUGGUGACAGGGCUGCAGUGGGUGCGUGCUGAGGGCUCAGCUGCGGUGCCGCUCUGGGUGGUGGUGGUGUCAGUGCUCCUGGGGCUGCUGCUCCUUGCCCUGCUCUGCUAUGGCCUCUACAAGCUGGGGUUCUUCAAGCGCUCCGGUCCCUAUGGCACAGCCAUGGAGAAGGCACAGCUGAAGCCACAGGCAGCCUCCGAGGCCUGAGGGGGCCCCGGUACCCCCGGAGCACACACACGGGGGGGGGCAGUGGGGUCACCCCAGUGCGGGGUCACCCAGUCCUGGUGCCGGCACCCUCGCGCUGUGUCACCCUAUAGGGGGGUCACCCAUUGGUGGGGUCAACCGGUUGUGGUGUCAGCCCAGCAUGGUGUCACCUGGUUGAGGGGUCACCCUAUAGGGGGGUCACCCAAUAGUGGUGUCACCCCAUUGCAGUGUCACCCUAUAGGGGGGUCACCCACUGGUGGUGUCAACCGGUUGUGGUGUCACCCCAUUGCAGUGUCACCCAAUAGCGCUGUCACCCCCCUCAUGGUGUCACCCCACUGCAAUGUCACCCAGUGGUGCUGUCACCCUCUCACAGUGUCACGGUUGCAGUGUCACCCCCAUUGCAGUGUUACUCCCCUUGUGGUGUCACCCUAUGCCGGUGUCACCCAUUGUGACGUCACCCAUCGUGACGUCACCCAUCGUGACGUCACC